AUUUUUCUAAGUAUUUUUGUUAUCUGAACCAAAACAUUCGUAAUGAAGAGGAGAGUAAUUGUAAAAAAGUGUAUUUGUCUGGCGCCCACCCCCCAGCUCCUUGAACUUUGACACCGCCUCUUGAAAUUAACCCUUGUACUAGUGCUUUCUGUUGUGUUUGUCCAUAGUUUUUGUGAAAAAUGAAUGAAAAUGAUGCUGCGAAAAAGGUUGUGGGUAAGCGGAAUUCGGUGUCCUUCGACCAACAAGAUCCUGGCCAGCCGAGAUUCAGCUUUUCUGGACGCGUCCAAGAGCUAGUCGAGGGCUACAAUUCCGCUGUACAGCUUUUGACGCCCAAAUGGCCCUGGUACUUCUACCCCGGAUAUCUGACAUACGCCGUAUACUGGCGCUACGCCAAAUAUUACAAGGGCAAGUUGCUGCUGACCCCCAUUCCGAAUCGCCUCUACGAUCUGCUGAUAAAGAACGAGCUGAUCAAGUCGGAGCACCUGGUGUUCGCCAGUCGGGACGUGUACGACACCUUUGCUGAGUCGCCGGACGUCAACUUUGUCAACUUGGUGAUCCGUGGCGGAAGGGAUAAGAUCAGUAAACCCCUGGCCGGAGAUGGAGGAUCCACGCCACAAACGGUCAUUAAGCAAAUGCUUCAGGAGGCCCCGCACACCAUUGUCGCCCAGAUACUUCCGGUGGCCCAGUGUCAACCUAAUUGCCUCUAUGUCCAGGAAAACUUCUAUGGCAACAUACUGGACCGCUUCCGUGUCCGCUCCAACUGUUGGGUGCAACUUGAGCACUUUGCUGAUGAGCAGACCAUACCAGGCAUAGCCACCAAAGCUCAUGUGUACUUGGUGUCGGAUCCCCAUGAAUUGCCCGCUGAACUGACGGAGCUCAUCCUUAGCAACUACUUUAACACACCGCGACUUUUGCAUCGUGGACAUAUAUACCGCAUCGAGGUGAAUGCCGAGUUGUUGGGCACUGCAACCUUUGCGCACUAUUACCUUAUAUUCGCCAACCUGCGUCACGUUCACUUAAAGUGCAUUCACCUGGAGACGAAGGGCAGCGAGUUUGAGUUGCAGGCGGUGGUGGCCAAGAACUUCAGCAACCUGGUUCAAGUACCGCCAGCUCACAGCUUCCUGCCUCGCCAAGUGCUCGACAACGUGGCCAUUGUGGAGAAUUAUCCAAGUGGUUUGCGAAAGCCCUAUCAACUGCUGCGCUCCUCUGUGGACGCCUUCCUGCCUAAGAAGUCCGCUUGUCUAUCCUCCAAGCACAUCUUUCCGGUUUUCUUGCUUCAGGGCGAACGGGGAUCUGGCAAAUCAAAGCUCGUCAAUGCAGUAGCCCAGGAGUUGGGCAUGCAUAUUUAUGGUGCGGAUUGCGCGGAGAUCGUUUCACAGGUUCCCUCGCACACAGAGAUGAAGCUGAAGGCGGUCUUUGCCAAAAGCCAAAUAAGCGAACCGCUCUUAAUUUGCUUCCAUAACUUUGAGAUAUUUGGCAUAGACAACGAGGGAAAUGAGGAUCUACGUCUGCUUUCGGCCUUCCAUGUGCAGGUUCAGGAGCUCUUCAACAGGGAUCGCAAGCACCCAAUUGUUGUCGUGGCUUUGACCAGCGACAGGCACCUUAAACCCGUGAUUCAAGGUCUUUUCCUGGAGAUCGUAAGCAUUGAGAUGCCCAGCAAGGAGGAGCGGUUCGAGAUCCUUCGUUGGAUGCACGUGCGCGAGACUUUUAACGAUGUGAUUUACAACCAAAAGGGCAUCGAUCAGUUGCCCUUGUUUUCGCGGGAAAAUCAGUCGCAGUUCAUGUCGCGUAUAACUCCAAGUUGGAGGGAAACUGUCAAUGUACUGCAGGAAGUAGCCGCCAAGUCGCAGGGCUUUCUGCUGGGCGACCUGCAGUUGCUCUACGACAGUGCUGUACGCAUGAAGAUUCGCAAACGGUUGGGUAGAACAACUCUAGACAUGUCCCACUUUGCCAAGAACCUAACCGACAUGCAGAGUUCCUUCGCCGAUAGUUUGGGUGCGCCCAAGGUGCCAAAGGUCUAUUGGUCAGAUAUUGGUGGCCUGGCCAAACUAAAGGACGAGAUCCAGAGUAGCAUAGGGCUGCCGCUUAAGCAUGUACAUCUUAUGGGCAAGAAUCUGAGAAGAUCGGGCAUUCUGCUCUACGGACCCCCUGGAACCGGUAAGACCCUGGUUGCCAAGGCUGUGGCCACCGAGUGCAACCUGAGCUUCCUUUCGGUGCAGGGUCCGGAAUUGCUCAACAUGUACGUGGGCCAGAGCGAGCAAAAUGUUCGCGAGGUCUUCUCCCGUGCUCGUUCUGCGGCUCCGUGUGUGCUGUUUCUGGACGAACUGGACUCCCUGGCUCCCAAUCGAGGUGUUGCGGGUGAUUCUGGAGGUGUUAUGGAUAGGGUGGUGUCGCAACUUCUAGCCGAGAUGGACGGAAUGAGCGAUGGCGAUACAAGCAAGCCCAUAUUCAUACUGGCCGCCACCAAUCGCCCGGAUCUUAUUGACCCCGCCCUUUUGCGUCCCGGUCGUUUCGACAAGCUCUUCUACGUGGGACCCUGCUCCACGGCCGAUGACAAGGCAGCCGUGCUACGUGCUCAGACCCAGAGAUUCGCCCUUGAAUCCGGAGUGGACAUGGACCAAAUUGCUGAGCGUUUGAAGAGUGAAAUGAGCGGAGCAGAUCUGUACUCCAUCUGUUCAAAUGCCUGGCUCUCGGCUGUAAGACGCAUUAUAGACAGACACUUGAGUGGAGCAAUUUCAGAGAAGGAACUGCUACCGGAGAACGUUAUUGUGGAGGCAGAAGACUUUACCAAGUCGUUCAACAAGUUUGUACCUUCGAUCAGCGCAAAAGAUUUGGAGUACUUUAACAACCUUAAGGCGUCGUACAGUGUUUAAAGUGCCCGAGAUGGUUAACUAGUUCUAAGAGUGAGUUUUCUACAGACAUUUUACGUUAUUUUCAAUAAACCCGUUGAUAGUUCACAAUUUCCA